AUGGAAGAACCAGUUGGUGUAGUAUUACCACAUACUAAUAGUGAUAGUGCUGAUGGUAUGGCUGAUCCACAAAGUAUAGAGGAACAGUUUGCCAAUGCAUUGCAAGAUUAUCAAUUACAUAAGCAAUUAGAUCCACAACAACAACAACAGGGAGUGCUGCCAUUUGAUGCUUUGGUUAAAUUCAAGCUGAUUGCAGCUGAUCAAGCUUUCCAAUUCAGUAAACAAUUAGUCAAUCAGGAUGACGAAAGUGAUCUGGAUAUUCGACAAUUAUUUGAAACUUGGGAUUUAGAAACAAAAUUAUGGGAUUUAACUGAAAUAUUAUAUUCAUUCAGACUUAGCCAAGGAGAAGAGGAAACCUUAGUUGAACACGAUUAUUCUACAUUAGCAGUUAAGCAAGAUAAUUAUAUCCGUAAGAAUCCUAAAUUAAAAGAAAUUAGUCUAAUUAUUGAAUGGUUACAACUGAAUAGUGAUUAUGUCGAUGUUGAUGAGGAGGUAGAAGGCUCUUCUAAUUUAAAAUGGAACAAUACCAAGAGAGUUAUAUCCAAUCAGGACUUGAACAUUCUCAGUGGGAAUGUUUCCACCAAAGAUCUUAUUAAUCAAUUGGAUGUUGAUGCGCCAUUACGUACAAAUAAAGUAAUCGAUCCAAAAGAUGACCAAAUUGAUUCUGGUAAUUUUUCCAUCAUCUAUAAAUUAUUAAUUAGAGGAAAAAUUCAAGAAGCUAUUGAUUAUGCAAACUCUACGGGAAACUUUGCACUCGCUUUAAUUUUAGUUGGUGCUUCUCAAGAAUAUCUUAACCCGGUAUUAGAUGGAAUUGAAGAUGAAUCAAUUACCCCAGGAGGGUUAAAGCAUAAAUUGCUAUGGAAGAAGACAGUAUAUAAGUUAUCGCAGCAACCAAAUUUAAAUUUAUAUGAAAGAUUAAUUUACAAUUAUCUUAGUGGUGGUGAUAUAUUUGAGAAUUUAAAACAUGCAACGGAUAAUUGGGAAGAAAGUUUAUCAUUAUAUUUGAAUCAACUAUUGGGGUAUAAAUUAGAUCAAUUUGUUCUUGCUCAAUCUUCCUCGGAUGAAUUAUUAUCAUCAAUCACAAUUCCACAACCUCAAGUUAAUUCAAUCGAUGAGAUUUUAAAUAAUUUACUGAAAACAAAUACCCCUAUCUCCCAAAAAUCACUUCAUCCAUUACGUGUCGUUUCAGGGGCAAUUAUGAUUAAUAAAGUCGGUUCAUUAUUAACCAAUGCGUUGACCUCCUCGGAUGCAAACCUAAUCAAUACCCCUAAUCUUCUCCGAAUUUUAACUCACCUUUGCAUCUUUGUGGCAUUAAUCGACCCUACAGCCAUCGAUCCUCAGGAUUUAACGACCCUUAUCACAUUAUACAUCUCGCAAUUGUCAUCCAAUGCAACUAGUGGUUCUGCUGAAUUAAUCCCAAUCUACCUUUCCUUCAUCCCUGAUGAACGGGAUGCAAGAGAAACUUAUUCAUUAUUCCUCAGUUCAAUCACCGACAAAUCGCAACGUCAAAAACAACUCGCCAUUUCCAAAAAGAUCACCCAGCCCUAUAUUACUGAUGACGAGAUGAUUUUAAUUGACGACACCAAAUCCGACCAAUUGGUCAACAUCUUGCGUCGAACAGUUGAGCGAGUAAUGCAGGAGACUGAAUCGCAUUACCAAGUUCCACAAACUCGGUUUUCCAUUGAAGAAACCCAAGUUGACGAGGUGGAUUAUAGAGUGUAUACUGCCAUUGAAUGGUUUUUUGAGAAUGAUAUGGUGCAAGACGCGAUUAAUGGGAGUAUUGUUAUUAUUCGUCGGUUUUUGUUGUGUGGGAAAUUAGCGGCGUUGAAGAAGUUUGCUAAAGAUAAGAAUUUUAGACAAUUGAUUGUUGAUUAUAAUAUCAUGAUGGCAGGGAAGAAUGAUACUGACAGUGAAGCAGUGACUGAAGAGAAAAAGUUAGAGUUGUUACAAUAUGAAGCGUUAUUGGAAGGGUUGAAGUUGGUGGAUGAGUGGAAGUCAUUUACUGGUCAGCAAAUCUCUGAAUCUGCUUGGAAGCCUGAACUUGUUUCAAGUAGUUUACAAAAAACAGACAAAACUAUCCAUAAGUUGUUAUUGAAUUGGUUAAAGGAAUUGAUUAAUACUUCAGUUUCAGAAGACAAUAUUGUGUUGUUUAAACAAUUUAGAUCAUUGUAUGUCCCAUAUUUGCUUUUUGAAUUAAUGAGAAUUUAUCAACUGGCACGAAUUAAUGAUGAGAAAUAUAUGACGCAAGCUUAUGAAUUGAUUAAUCAAGUUGCGAAUAAUCAAUCCAAUGAUUUAUUAGAAUGUUUUAUAAAUUGUGGAAGAUUACAAGAGUUUUUAGUCAGGAUUGGAGAAUUAUCAAUAAUUGGAUGUGCAGAUGGUGGUAUUACCAAAUUUAUAUAA